UAAAAUAAAAAGCAAAAACAAAAGUCCAUUUCAUAUUUUUUUUUUCUCCCCACUAGUCUUCGUUUUCUAAACACAUCACCCAAACUUCUCCAUCAUCAAUUCAUCAUCAUCAUCAUCAUCGCCAAAAUCCCCAAAGAACCUCAGAUUAGGGUUUCUAUUUCGCUUGUUGAUCUGCAACUACUGCUCUUUAAUUUUUCGAAUUCUUGACUUCUCAUGGAGAAUCAGCAGAAGCAACUCCAGCAGGGCGUGCCGGAGUUGGCUUCUUUGACUGCUCGCGAAGAGAGUUCGGUUAGGGGGAUCGAUCUUAUGAGAGUUGAUCAAUGUGAUGAGAUCGGUGUUAACCAAGUUCCUGCUCUCUCUGUACCUGCCUCCACGGUGGCUGGGACGGUUCCUGUGCCUGUGUCCAUUGGGCAAGAGGUUAAAGUUGUUGAUGAGGCUGCCCCUGUGAAACGAAAACGGGGUCGUCCUCCGAGGGCACUCGCUAACACUCCGUUGCAUACUCGGCCACUUCCGCCGCCGCCUCGGAAGGAAGACAAGGAAGAGGAUGUUUGCUUUAUUUGCUUCGACGGUGGAGACCUCGUUCUCUGUGAUCGCCGGAAUUGCCCCAAGGCAUACCAUCCAGCUUGUAUUAAGAGAGAUGAGGCAUUCUUUCGAACGACAGCUAAAUGGAAUUGUGGUUGGCACAUAUGUGGUACAUGCCAAAAGGCUUCCAGUUACAUGUGUUAUACAUGCACUUUUUCUGUUUGUAAGCGGUGCAUUAAAGAUGCCGACUAUGUGAUUGUGAGAGGUAACAUGGGUCUUUGUGGCACAUGUAUUAAGCCUAUAAUGCUGAUUGAGAAUAUUGCUCAAGGAGAUAAGGAAGCGGUUAAGGUGGAUUUUGAUGACAAGCUCAGUUGGGAGUAUCUAUUCAAGGUAUAUUGGCUUUGCCUGAAGGAAGAUCUGUCUCUUACUGUCGACGAGCUUACUAGAGCAAAUAAUCCUUGGAAGGAGGUUUCUAACUCUGCUCCUCAAGUGGAGUCACGAAAUGAUCUUACCAAUAACAGGGGUUUAGAUGUAGCAGUGAAUGGAACAAAAAGAAGAAGGACCAGUGAUUCCCCCACCUUACCCAGCAAGUUGGAUGGAAAAAAGCCAAACAAUAUCCUAAAGAAGGCUCCUGGAGAUACGUGCUGGGCAACAAAAGAACUCCUCGAGUUUGUGUCGUUCAUGAAAAAUGGCGAUACAUCUGUUCUUUCACAGUUCGAUGUACAGGGUCUCCUGCUUGACUAUAUUAAGAAAAAGGAUCUUAGAGAUCCUCUUCAGAAGUCCCAAGUCAUUUGUGACCUGAUGCUUGUCAAGUUGUUUGGAAAACAGCGAGUGGGUCAUUUUGAAAUGCUUAAGCUUCUCGAGUCCCAUUUCCUUAUUCAAGAGAAACCGAAAGAUGUGAAAACCACAAAUGGUGACACUACUCAUGCUGUACCUAGCCAGAUAGAGGAGGAUAAUGUUCAUGAUUCAACGGUCAGGGAUAGAAGACGAAAGAUGCGUAGGAAAACUGAUGGCAGAGUACAAAAUGAAAAUCUUGAUGCACUUGCAGCCAUUGAUGUUCACAAUAUCAACCUGAUUUAUUUGAGACGUAAAUAUUUGGAGUCUCUACUUGAUGAUAUCAACAAAGUUCACGAAAAGGUGGUAGGCACAAUUUUGAGAAUUAAGGUAUCUGGCAGUGAUCAGAAGCUGGAUAUUCACAGGCUCGUUCAAGUUGUAGGUACAAGCAAGGCAACAGCAUCCUACCAACUUGGCGCAAAGACUACAGAUGUUUUGCUAGAAAUACUGAACUUAGACAAGAGAGAAGUCAUCUCGAUGGAUCAAUUAUCAGACCAGAAUGUCACAGAGGAUGAGUGCAAACGCCUGCGCCAGAGCAUAAAAAAUGGCCUCAAUAAACGUUUGACUGUGGGUGACAUUUUGAAGACUGCAGCAACACUGCAAGACAUGAGAAUCGAUGAGGCUCUGAAAGCUGAGAUAUUAAAGCUCAAUCAUCUGCGUGAUAGGGCCAGUGAGAAGGGUCACAGAAAGGAGCUUAGAGAAUGUGUAGAAAAGCUGGAGCUUCUACAAUCACCUGAGGAACGUCAGCGGCUUCUGGAGGAAGUCCCAGAAGUACAUAUAGAUCAAAGCAUGGAUCCGAGUCAUCCAUCAUCAGAAGAUGCAGGGUUGGGUACAAGGAAACAAGAUAAUCACAUAAAGGCACAAAGUAAAGGUCUACACAAGAAAGGGGCAAUCUUGAACAACGUGGGAAAUAAUACGCAGAAAAAAUAUGAUGCACCAAUUUUACGAAGCAGAAAUGCCGUGCAUGGUGAUAAAGAUGAUUUUUCUAAGGUCCACAACAACUCAUCAAAUAUCCAGGAAACUGGUAGAGAUGACGAGGAGAAUGAAAUAUGGCAUUAUCGAGAUCCAACAGGAAAGACCCAGGGACCGUUUUCUAUGGUGCAGCUCCGCAGAUGGAAAUCUAGUGGCCACUUCCCCCCUUAUCUUAAGAUAUGGAAAGCGCAUGAGAAUCAAGACGAGUCUGUGCUUCUGACUAAUGCUCUUGCCGGACGAUUUGAUAAAGCAAUUACUUUGCCAAGUUCCUCUUCGCUUCCCCAAGAACUAAAACCUUCUCCGCAUGAUUCUGUCUUGGAUGUGAACUGUGUUCAGAAGAACCAUACCCUAGUUAACACCGGUGCCCUUUCAAACGAUCUAAAAGAGAAAGAAGUUGUGGCUCUUGUAGCUUGCUCUGGAAAUGUCGAGGGUGAUAAUUCUGUUUGUCCUCAGCCUCAAGUUAGUUGUCCUGUGUCAAUUUCUGUGGUGCCAGGACACGUGGUUACUCCUGACGUAAGAGAAACUCCAGUACCCGAUUUAUCUAAUGCUGUGCAGGCAGAUGGUAACCAUAGCACAACUAUGAAAGUGGAAGAUGGAACAAAUAGUGGUUCUAUUCCCAUAAACGGUUCUGUUCAGGCACCAAACCUGAAUCAAGAAAGCCAUUUCCUUGAUUUCCCAAGUCCUACACCUAAGUCGAGCCCUGAAGACUUGGAAGCUCAAGCGGCGGAGACUAUUCAGUCUCUGUCUUCAUGUGUCCUGGUCAAAGGACCGUCUGGUGUCACAUGGAGCACCACCACCACACCUACCACCGAUGCUACUACUACUAUGUCAAGUCUUGUGGUAACUGGAGGAAAGCUUCCUCAAGUAACUCAGCAGAAUGCUGUUGUUAUAGCUGCACCGUCUGUAAAGUCAAUAAAUUUGGCAGCUGAUCAUGCCACAACUACUCAGACUUCAGAAAACACCCAAGUGGCUCAGUCAUCUGGGUGGCCGGCCAUUGUUGCUGACCCUGACGAGUGUGAUGAAUCAGUUUCAGAUCUAUUAGCAGAAGUUGAAGCAAUGGAGCAGAACGGUUUGCCCUCUUCACCUACCUCAACAUUUCACUGCGAUGAUGAUGAUGAUUUGACAAAAGGGCCAGAAAAAGAUUUCUUUAACCCUAUGUCACGCAUGGCCCUCACACCUGAAACAUGCAGAAUGGAUGUCUCUCAGGCGAGUAUUCUCCAUAAUGUCUCUGUUGGGAAAAGCUCAAUGGGCACAGAAGCAAAAGAAAACACUCCCUUCAACCACUGCGGAACCGCUGGUCCAGAGCUUCUGCUUUUUGCACCGCCAACACCAGCUUCAACUCCAACUUCAAUAAGUCACGACCUGACUUUAACGACAACAGCUCUCAGACUGGGAUCAGAAACCACAGUUGAAGCUGGACCAUUAGUAGAGAGGCUUCCCAAGUCUGGUUCGGAACCAAGCCCUAGGGUACUAUCAUCUCAUGACUCAGCCCGAGGAAACACUGAGCGCAGUCCACGAGGGAGCCAGCACAAGAGAUCCAGCGGACACAGCAGAGACCGGCAGUGGUUGAACCACGGUCACCACAAUAGCUUCAACAACAGUCAUAAUAACCGGCAGUGGCCAUACAGCAAUAGCCAUGGUUAUGAGCAUGGAUCAGGUUCGUAUGCAGCUCAUCCGCCCAAAGGGCUGAAAAUCUGUAAAUUCUAUGAGAGUGGACACUGCAACAGGGGUGCAUCUUGUAGUUUUUGGCACCCCUGAAGUCUCAAAUUUCUCGUAUUUUGUAUUUAUUUGUUAUUUAACAUACCUCAGAACAUCUUUUUUUGUAACCCAAAAGCUGCAUGUUUAAGUAAUUAAACAACUUAGGUUCUCACAUC